AAAACACAAUUAUUUCUAGUAUUGUUAUGUCACGAAUAAGUCUAUAGUAAUAUAUUCACGCGGAACAUAGAAAUAUAUUAUUAUUUUUAUAUAUACUUACACUUGUCGGCGAUGCCAACGCCGGUCAGCUCUGCUCGGCAGUAUUUAACGGAUGAGGCAGCGCGUGCAUUGGACGACGCGGUUUCAGUGGCGAAGCGGCGGAGCCACGCGCAGACCACCUCACUACAUGUUCUCUCUGCUGUAUUUGCCCUUCCUAACUCGAUUCUCCGGGAGGCCUGUUCACGCGCCAGACGAAGUGCGUACCUUCCACGCCUACAGUUCCGAGCUCUCGAGCUAAGUGUCGGCGUCUCGCUUGAUCGGCUCCCGUCUUGUAGAGAAGACUCCGAUGAGCCGCCGAUUUCGAACUCGCUAAUGGCUGCGAUCAAGAGAUCCCAAGCUAAUCAACGCCGGCACCCCGAAACUUUUCAUUUGUAUCAGCAGAUGAAUUUUCAGAAUCCAUGUCAGCCGUCGAUUUCUGCUGUGAAAGUUGAACUGAAGCAUUUUGUAGUAUCAAUUUUGGAUGACCCGAUUGUGAGCCGGGUCUUUGGUGAAGCGGGUUAUUGGAGCACCGAUGUAAAGUUGGCCAUUCUAAAUCCUCCUACCACUUCAAGGUUCUCCAAAACCCUGUGCCCGCCUCUUUUCUCGGGUAAUUUUAGUGAUUUAGAAUUAAAUAAACGUGGCUUUAAAUUUCCGUUUCCUGGGGUUGUAGAAAACGUUGAUGAGAAUUCAAGAAGAAUAGGGGAGAUUCUUGUGAAGGAAAGUUUGAGAAAUCCGUUGUUGAUUGGGGUAUAUGCUACUGCUGCACUUAAAAAUUUUAUUGAGUCUUUGCAGAGGGGUAAAAAUGAAGUCUUGCCCAAAGAAAUUUAUGGUUUGAGUGUGAUUUCUAUUGAAAACGAGAUUUCUGAGUUUAUUAAUGGAGGUUUGAGUGAAGAUAUGAUGAGGCUGAAGUUCAAAGAAUUGAGAGACAUGUUGGCUAAAUGUGAAGGACCCGGUAUAAUUUUGAACUAUGGAGAUUUGAGGGUAUUUGUGGAUGUUGAAUCAGUGGAUGCUGUGAAUUAUAUGGUUUUAGAAUUGAAAAUAUUGUUGAAUAGCUCUGGUCGGAAAUUAUGGUUGAUUGGGGCUGUGGUGGAUGAUAAUAGUUAUAAGAAACUUUUAGCGCGGUUUCCUUCUAUUCAGACAGACUGGGAUUUGCAUCUGCUGCCAAUUACUUCUUCCAAACCUUCUUCCUUUGAAGGUGUGAGCUCCAAGUCCAGCUUGAUGGGAUCAUUUGUUCCAUUUGGUGGAUUCUUUCCUAUGCCAUCUGAGAAUAGGCCUCUUUGCACAACUCAAUUGUCAACUCUCUGCGACUUGUGCAAGGAAAACUUUGAGCAAGAAGUUUCUAUUCUGAAGGGAGGACCCAAUUAUUCCGUCGUAGGUCAGCAAUCAGAAAAUGUAUCUUCUUGGCUGCAAAUAGCUGAAUGUGACAUGAGCAGGAGUUCGGUUUCUGUGGAGGUUUAUCAUUACUUUAAAUCCUAACUUACUUGAACAAGCUAAACAAAGUUGUUCAGACUACUUAAAACAAUGCCUAUGAGUAGUUGGUGAAAUAAUUUUGGUCAAACCAUUUGAUCUAAAAGUUUAGCCAUUGUUUGGGACCAAUUUUUUGAAAAAGGUUCUUUCUUUAAUAGCGUUUUGAUCCCAUUUCAAUCGUACAUUCUUCAAUAAAAUCUUAUUAAACGCAAACCAAAAACUUUUUUUGAUUUUUUAACCACACAUUUCACAUCUGUAUUCUAUUCAAAAAUGCAUUUUUUUUGACAAAAAUGGGGCUCAAACGAGCCCUUAAAUUGUUAAAUAAGGUCACAUGUAUAUAAUUAAUGUCUUAAACACACUAGAUUCGAAUUGAAAUUGUCAAGUCAUCUAUAGCUGUUUAGUCAAGAAUUCAUUUUAACAUAAUCAUCUAGUUUCCUUUGUUUUAUUGAUGGGCAUAUCUCAUUUCAAGAUUAAUAAACUAGUUUCCUUUGUUU